UGACAAUAUAACUUAUAAAAACAUGAAAAGUGUUUUAUUUGAAAAUUUCGUGUCAAAGAUAUCGUAUACUGUUUUAUAUCCAACCAUUUUUGUGCAUUGUGUUUUUUAAUUGACAUUUUUCUGAUACUUUAAGGAUUUAUUGGAGUGUAAAUAUUUUUUACAGUGAUUUAAUUGUUUAAAAAAAGUUAACUAUUUAUUUAAAGUAAUAAAUAAGUAAAAUAUGAUUUAAAAUUUCUUUUUAAAAAAUUUAAUAUCCUUUAAAUGGAGUAGACACCUACACACCAUAUUUAAACAAUUCCAUACGAUGAUUGACACGUGAAAAUAAAUAAAAAAAAUGUCCAUGGAGAUGGCAAUGCACAACAAAGUAAUUGGAUAACAACUGUGGAGUGACAAUUAUCCAGUAAAUUGUCUUUUACAAAUAAAUACUUUUUACUUAUCUGGUAAAUUGGUCAAUUAAAAAAAAAUAAUAUUUUAAAUAAAAAUACUACGGUAGGGUAUAACGUGAAAAAGUGUAAAAGUUUAAUUGUAUCCUAAUGCGGGUAUGUGGAUGCAUUUACACCAAAAAAAAUGCCAAGAAGGCAUCAGCAGAGACUCUCAAAUCUCUGCAACCUGUUUAGUUAUUUUAUUUAUUUGUCAUAUUUGUGUUAAUGCACAAAUAACUGAUGCCGCCGUACCCCGUAUUUCCAAGGAUGCCGAUACACCGCAAGACAUUCUCAAGGCAUCGGAAAAUAUUGAUCAUAAAUGUACUAACAUGACUUCUGUCCUCAAUCCUGAUACAGGUUUGUCGAUGGUGAGCCAUGAAUCUGGGUAUCCUUAUCCACCAACAGUGCCUCCAUCAUUUUUAAGCGGAGCUCUCACUUGCCAGCCCUAUCGUGGAAUUUAUGUUAAUCACAUCUACUUUCAGUUAGCAAAUGCCUUUUUUUUAUUGUCGCAUUUAGCUCCCAGUGGAAUACACGGUGUAUUAUAUUUGAGAUGCACAUUAUUAAUUGGUUGCGCAUUUCUCGCAUUAUGGGGAUGGACAAUAGUUUGCUGGUUUGACGCCACUAUGUGGAAUGGUCUAUUUGUAGCUAUUAAUUUUGUCCACGUUUGCACAUUACUCUAUCGUUUAAGACCUAUUAAAUUUUCAAGAGAAGUUGAAGAGGUUUAUGCAGCAGUAUUUCAACCGUUAAGAGUUUCAAGGCAUCAAUUUAAAAAAGUAUUAAAUUGUAUGAAAGCCAUCAAACCUUUAAAGUAUCAACAAGUUUAUGCACAAGAAAAAUCUACUAAAGUAGAUUCUUUAUCUUUAGUACUUUCGGGAAAACUAGUUGUAUCACAAAAUGGUAGAGCACUUCACAUUGUCUUCCCUCAUCAAUUUCUUGAUUCACCUGAAUGGUUUGGAGUAUCUACUGAUGAAUUCUUUCAGGUAUCAAUAACGGCAAUGGAAGAUUCUAGAAUAUUACUUUGGCAUAGAGAUAAAUUAAAAUUGAGUAUAAUGACAGAUCAAUUUUUACAAGCAGUCUUUGAUCAUAUAUUAGGUAGAGAUGUUGUCAAAAAAUUUAUGCAAGUAAGUGAAACAAUGGCAGCGGGUACUCACCAACACCAUGGGCAAAACGGGCAAGUUGUUGGACUAGGUGGAGUUGGAAAUUUAGAAACUGAUGCAGAUACUAAAUUAUUUGUCGUUAAAAAGUCAGAUAAUCACGGAAUUACAGCAUUAAUAAGUCGUCAACUUCAAGGUUUACCUAGGAUUAGAUACUAUUAUUGUGCUGCUGGAGAUCCAAAUGCUUGGAGAUUGGGAAGAAUUGAAGAGACUGAUCAUGAAACACCUGUCUAAAAUACAAUCAGCAUUUCACAGUAUCAUUCUCAAACAGUCAAUUUAGUCAACAAAUAAUAAAUCAACGUAACUUCGGGAGUAUGUGAAUAUUAGGGAAUGAGCACAAAAAAUUAGUUGUGACAUAAUAGUUGAUUCUAAAAUUAAUUAUUUUUAUCAAAAACAUUCCUCACCAGUGAUUAAUGACAUUUAAUUAUGUUGAUAAGUGAUAAUUAAUAUUAAUAUUGAUAAUUAUAUAUCUUCCUUGAUUCUAAUUGAGUAGUCUUUUGUACAGUGAAUAUUUAAACUUAUAAUGCUUCCAAAUUAUUUUGUGCCAUGUAUCUUUAAGUAUUUUGUAUAAUGCAACGAGUCAUAAAUAA